ACAGAGGGCGACCUCGAGCGGACUGGAACGGGGGCUAAUUAGUAUGUUUGUCGGGGAGAUUCGAAGGAGGUGGUCCGAGCACUGCGGGCGACACCCAGGAGAUGCGCCAAGUUGCCCCAACGGACAGAUCGAGUCGGCAAGCGCCGCUCGUAGAUCUCCUUCUUAUAAAACUCUACCACCUCCCCCGCCGCGCUUUUCUUCGCCUCUGUCCUUUCCCUUUAUUUAAAGACGGGCAGGCCUCCAUCCAUCCCGUCCAUCGAGCCCGCCAUGGCCAAGGAUACUUGCGAUUCCAGGAUCACCGUCGAGCAGACCCCCUUUCCCAUCCCCGACCUCACCAUAAAAGACCUGCUUUCCGUCAUCCCCGCCCAUUGUCACAAGCGGUCGGCCAUCAGGUCCAUGAGCUAUGUCGUCUACGAUUUCUUCCUGAUUUUCUGCAUCUACAAGCUGGCCGUCUUCCUCGAUGCACGCAUCUCUCCCGAGUUCAUCAGCCUUCCCAGCCCGUACCUCUACUCUUUCGCGCGUUUCGUCUUGUGGUCGCUGUACGGCUUUGCCAACGGCCUCGUCGCGACCGGACUCUGGGUGCUUGCCCAUGAAUGCGGUCAUCAGGCAUUCUCCGAGUCGAAGGCCCUCAACAAUGCUAUUGGCUGGGUCCUGCACUCUGGACUCGGUGUCCCUUACCACUCUUGGCGCAUCACUCACGCGAAGCAUCAUGCAUCCACUGGCCACAUGACGCAAGACCAGGUCUUCAUUCCGAAGACCCGUUCGCAGCUCGGCUUGCCCGCAUUUGAUGCCGCGAAGGAGGACUUGUACGGCGCUAGUGUCAAUGGCGAGGUCCAGCGCGAGCUCUGGGAGGCGAUGGGCGACUCUCCGAUUGGUGCUGCCCUUGGAGCUGCCAGCUACCUGCUUUUUGGCUGGUGGUUGUACAUUGGCAUGAAUGCAUCAGGGCAGAAGAAUUACCCUUCUAACACCAAUCAUUUCAAUCCGUCGGCUAUGAUGUUUGCGCCCCAUCACCGCGAUCAGAUCCUCAUCUCUGACCUCGGCAUCGUGAUCUGGCUCGCCGCAGUCAUUACUGCUAUCUACCAUUAUGGCUUCCUUGAGGUCUUCCGGGUCUACCUCGUUCCGUAUCUCUGGGUGAAUCACUGGCUUGUCCUUAUCACCUUCCUGCAACACACGGACCCCUUGCUUCCGCAUUACCGCGCCCCCGAGUUCACAUUUCCUCGCGGUGCCCUCACAACGCUCGACCGCAACUUGCUUGGCGACUGCGGCAGCAUCAUGGGCUGGCUCGGCGCGCAUCUGACGCAUGGCAUCUCCGAGACCCACGUCGCGCACCAUGUCGCGAGUAAGAUCCCACACUACCAUGCUUGGGAGGCGAACGAUAUUCUUCAUGCCAGGCUGAGGCAGGCCGGGCUUGUACCCUUGAAGGGCCGUCCAGGUGGCUGGGCUGAGAUGUACAGGGUGUUCAAGGAGUGCAAGUUCGUCGAGGAUGAGGGAAAUAUCAUCUUCUACAAGAACGCACACGGCCUCGCGUCGACGCGCCCCGUGGUCAUCGAUAGCAACGUUAGCGACUCGGGUAUUGAAUUCGACAAGGACGCAUGAGCGGCCAACGGCCUGUCGCCCAACUUUUGUUCAAACCCCCGCUUGUUGCUUGCUUUCGCUGCAUGUCAUCUGUAUAAUACUCGAUGUCUCUAUUUACCUCGUCGUUGUCGCUCUCGUUGGCACUGAUAGGUCGUCUGUGCACGUUCUCGCUGGGAGGAUACGCGCGCGGAGGAGUGGGACUAAUCAUCCGAGUUCAAAACGGUUCUUCCGCUGUGUGUACCGUGUCAGCUGGUGCUUGGCGCUGUACGCAUAGAUCAUAGAGGUCUUGUAGAGUGGAGAUUGUCAAUAGGAGAAAUGACCAAACCACUUGAACAGCGUG